CAGAGCUCCCAGGACACCUCCCGUCAAAGAAAGAGCUUCGUUCAGAGGGAUAGCCUCACUUCACACAACAAAGGACAGAGCAGGGAGAAACCCUAUCAGUGCUUGGAAUGUGGGAAGAGCUUCAGUCAGAAGGCCCAUCUCAAUUCUCAUCUAUUAAUUCAUACAGGAGAGAAACCUAUCAGUGCUUGGUAUGUGGGAAGAGCUUUAAUCAAAGCGCACAUCUCACUUCCCAUCAAAGAAUUCAUACCGGGGAGAAACCCUAUCAGUGCUUGGAAUGUGGAAAGAGCUUCAGUCAAAGCAGCUCUCUCACUUGCCAUCAAAGAAUUCAUACAGGGGAGAAAUCCUAUCAGUGCUUGGAAUGUGGGAAGAGCUUUAAUCAAAGCGCACAUCUCACUUCCCAUCAAAGAAUUCAUACCGGGGAGAAACCCUAUCAGUGCUUCGAAUGCGGGAAGAGCUUCGGGGAUGGGGCCAAACUCACUUUGCAUCAAAGAACUCAUACAGGAGAAAAACCCUAUCAGUGCUUCGAAUGUGGAAAGAGCUUCACUCACAGCCACCAUCUGACUUCCCAUCACAGAAUUCAUACAGGGGAGAAACCCUAUCAGUGCUUGGAAUGUGGGAAGAGCUUUCAUCAGAAAGGUGAUCUCACUUCCCAUCGAAGAAUUCAUACAGGGGAGAAACCCUAUCAGUGCUUGGAAUGUGGAAAGAGCUUCAAAAGCACCUACCAUCUCACCCACCAUCAAAGAAUUCAUACAGAGGGGAAACCAAGAAAGAGAAAUAAAACAAAAAAUAUUAAAUAACCCUUACAAAAUACAAUUGUAUAGAAAGGAAAAAGGGGGGGAAUACACUAAAAAUACUGUUUAUGACCUUUGUAUCAUAUAUAUCAUAUCAUUCGUCAACACAUAGAAAGGCAGGCUCCCCCACCUCUCCCCUGCGUGACCCCCCCUUCUCCCCGUAUCCCACCCUGAGAGAUCCUUCCUCCCCUGCGUUCCUUGCAGGUCCCGCCCACCUUCAAGUGUCCUCUUCCUAUGUGUGUCCUCCUAAAUUCAAAAUAAAGGAAUCUUAAUAUAAAAUAUAAAAAAUAUAAAAAAUACAAAAAAAAAAAGAUGAUACCCUUCCCAUCUGGCUGGGUUUCCCCAGUCACUCUGGCAGCUUCCAACAAAAUAUUAAAAUACAGUAAUGCAUCAAAUAUUAAAAGCUUCUCUAAACAGGGCUGCCUUCAGAUGUCUUCUAAAAGUCUGGUAGUUGCUUUUUCCUUUGACAUCUGCUGGGAGGGUGUUCCACAGGGCAGGCACCGAAAAGAAAACUCCCAUCUCAGUCUGAAAAUCAUCUGUAGCAACAAUUAUUCAUAAUCUGCACUCCAGAAUAAACCCAGCUGUAUUUAGCAUACAGUGAAUCAUAGAGUUGGAAGAGACCACAAGGGCCAUCGAGUCCAACCCCCUGCCAAGCAGGAAACACCAUCAGAGCACUCCUGACAUAUGGUUGUCAAGCCUCUGCUUAAAGACCUCCAAAGAAGGAGACUCCACCACACUCCUUGGCAGCAAAUUCCACUGUCGGACAGCUCUUACUGUCAGGAAGUUCUUCCUAAUGUUUAGGUGGAAUCUUCUUUCUUGUAGUUUGGAUCCAUUGCUCCGUGUCCGCUUCUCUGGAGCAGCAGAAAACAACCUUUCUCCCUCCUCUAUGUGACAUCCUUUUAUAUAUUUGAACAUGGCUAUCAUAUCACCCCUUAACCUCCUCUUCUCCAGGCUAAACAUGCCCAGCUCCCUUAGCCGUUCCUCAUAAGGCAUCGUUUCCAGGCCUUUGACCAUUUUGGUUGCCCUCCUCUGGACACGUUCCAGUUUGUCAGUGUCCUUCUUGAACUGUGGUGCCCAGAACUGGACACAGUACUCCAGGUGAGGUCUGACCAGAGCAGAAUACAGGGGCACUAUUACUUCCCUUGAUCUAGAUGCUAUACUCCUAUUGAUGCAGCCCAGAAUUGCAUUGGCUUUUUUAGCUGCCGCGUCACACUGUUGGCUCAUGUCAAGUUUGUGGUCAACCAAGACUCCUAGAUCCUUUUCACAUGUACUGCUCUCAAGCCAGGUGUCACCCAUCUUGUAUUUGUGCCUCUCAUUUUUUUUGCCCAGGUGCAAUACUUUACAUUUCUCCCUGUUAAAAUUCAUCUUGUUUGUUUUGGCCCAGUUCUCUAAUCUGUCAAGGUCGUUUUGAAGUGUGAUCCUGUCCUCUGGGGUGUUAGCCACCCCUCCCAGUUUGGUGUCAUCUGCAAAUUUGAUCAGGAUGCCCUUGAGUCCAUCAUCCAAGUCGUUGAUAAAGAUGUUGAAUAAGACCGGGCCCAAGACAGAACCCUGGGGCACCCCACUAGUCACUCUUCUCCAGGAUGAAGAGGAACCAUUGAUGAGCACCCUUUGGGUUCGGUCAGUCAGCCAGUUACAAAUCCACUGAGUGGUAGCAUAGUCAAGACCGCAUUUUACCAGCUUCUUUACAAGAAUAUCAUGGGGCACCUUGUCAAAUGCCUUGCUGAAAUCAAGGUAGGCUACAUCCACUGCGUUCCCUUCAUCUACCAGGCU